UGACCAUGUGGGCAACUACACAGAGACAGAAGCUGUCAGCACCACUGACCUGUCAGAUGACCGCGCUCUCCUCACCUCGUCCUGUCUGUCAGGCAGUGAGCCUGGGGUGCGGUACUUUGACUACCAGCACACACGGUACCUGUGGGACCAAUCCAAGUCAUCAUUCAGGCAGCUGGAAGAUUUGUCAAGUCGAACAACCUGUCAAACCUUACAUGAGCAGUUCAACGGUUUCUCAAAUGCACAAAGAGCCGCAAGACUACGUUUGUAUGGACCAAAUACAAUGGAGAUAGAAAUUCCAUCUUACUGGAACCUGCUCAUUGGAGAAGUGUUGAAUCCAUUCUACAUAUUCCAAAUUGCUAGUGUAACUCUAUGGUCAAUAGAUGAGUACUACUAUUAUGCUGCCUGUAUAUUUUUCAUCUCUGUCAUGUCUAUUGCAAUCUCUUUACGUGAAACUAAGAAGCAACGAGUAACUCUGAAGAACAUGGUGGCUACAGAAGAAAUCAAAGUGGAAGUUUGUAUUGGAAACAAUGAAUUUGUAGAGAAGCAGGAGCAUGAGCUGGUACCAGGAGAUCUGAUAGCCAUCCCCGCCCAUGGCUGUAUCAUGACCUGUGAUGCUGUUCUCACUGCUGGCACCUGUAUAGUCAAUGAAAGCAUGCUCACAGGUGAAAGUGUACCAGUGACAAAGACUCCACUGCUGCACCAAGAGGAUGAGGAAAUCUACUCACCUGAGAUCCACAAGCGACACACUUUGUUUUCUGGCACACGCAUCGUACAGACACGUUAUUAUGGCCAGGCCAAAGUUACAGCUGUUGUUGUGAGGACAGGUUUUAACACAGCAAAAGGGGAACUUGUGAGAGCUAUCUUGUACCCAAAACCCCUGGACUUCAAGUUCUACAGGGAUGCCUUUAGAUUUAUUAUAUUCCUGUCUGCAGUAGCAUCCCUUGGAAUGAUUUACUCCCUUGUCACCUACAUUAGGUAUAAGGAGUCCUGGGAUGUAACACUUAUCCGUGUCCUGGACAUCAUCACCAUCAUAGUUCCACCUGCUCUACCUGCAGCCAUGACCGUGGGCACGGUCUACGCACAAAAUCGCCUGAAGAAAUCCAAGAUCUUUUGCAUAAGCCCACCCCGUAUCAACUUCUGUGGGAGGAUCAAUGUGUUUUGCUUUGAUAAGACAGGUACUUUAACUGAGGAUGGUCUGGACAUGUGGGGUGUGGUUCCUGUGGAGAACAGAAGGUUUGAAGAGCCCAUAUUAGACCCGUCAACAUUGCCUAGAGGACCACUGCUAGUGUGUCUGGCUGCCUGUCAUUCCCUGACCAUCAUAGACAAGGAACUCAGCGGCGACCCCAUGGACCUCAUCAUGUUCAACUCUAUUAAAUGGCAUCUAGAGGAGCCAGGGGCAGAUACCCACAAGUUUGACAUUAUAAUGCCCACUGUGGUGAAGCCAUGCUCAGCUGAGACCUUCCUGGGUGAAGAGCACCCGUAUGAAGUGGGCAUCAUCAAGCAGUUCACAUUCUCCUCCACCUCCCAGUGCAUGAGUGUUAUCACCAGGACCAUGGGAGAGCCACACAUGAACAUCUUCUGUAAAGGAGCACCAGAAAAAAUUGCCUCCCUUUGUAGACCUGAAACCGUGCCUGCUGACUUCCAUACAGUUCUGCAUAACUACUCUAUUCAAGGAUUUAGAGUUAUCGCCCUUGCACAUAGGCCUAUGGAUCCUAAAAUAACAUGGCAUCAAGUUCAGAGAAUUUCCAGAGAUAAAGUAGAAACAGAUUUAAAUUUUCUGGGUUUGCUGGUCAUGCAGAAUCAGCUGAAACCACAGACUGCGCCAGUUAUUCGAACUCUUAAGGAUGCCAGCAUUAGAACCGUUAUGAUUACAGGUGACAUGCUUCAAACAGCCAUCAGUGUGGCCAGAAACUGUAAAAUGGUUGGUCGGGUGGACAAGGUUAUACUGGUCCAUGGGUACCCACCUGAUAAGGAAAGCGGGGCCAGGGUUGUGUAUGAGGAAGCUGAGCAUUGUGGGCCAUGUGCAGAUGAUACUGUUGACACUGGCAACGAGAGCUCCCCACUGCUAGAAGAGAGCAGGCCAAGGCCGGCGGGAUCGUAUACGUCUCUAGGAAAGAAAUACACAAGGGUCCAUGUGGGGGCGCUGACACCAAAGAAACAUCUGGCUGUUACAGGGAAAUCAUUCUCAGUUAUUGCUUCUUAUUUUCCAGAGUUAAUGCCCAAGUUAUGUGUACAAGGCACCAUCUUUGCCCGUAUGGCUCCUGACCAAAAAUGUCAGCUUAUUGAGAGCCUUCAGGAUCUAGACUAUACUGUUGGGAUGUGUGGAGAUGGUGCCAAUGAUUGUGAGGCCCUAAAAGCUGCUCAUGCAGGCAUCUCUCUGUCUGAGGCUGAGGCCUCUGUUGCUGCCCCCUUCACAUCCAGUGUCAACAACAUUGAAUGUGUCGUCACAGCAAUCAGAGAGGGACGAGCAGCUCUUGUGACUUCCUUUGGUUGUUUCAAGUACAUGGCGCUCUACAGCUUCACUCAGUUUAUUUCAGUACUCAUCCUAUACACUUAUAUGACCAAUUUGUCAGAUUUCGAGUUCCUGUACAUUGAUCUAAUCAUCACCACAACUGUUGCUAUUUUAAUGGGCAACUCCGCAGCUUACACCAAACUGGUGAGGAAGAAACCGCCUGGAAGUUUGAUGAAGCUGUCCAACCUGGCGUCCAUCUUGUCUCAAGUCAUCCUGGUAGCUGGCUUUCAGAUUGGUGGAUAUUUCUUCUACAGUCACACCCAGGCCAACAACCCAAACUAUUUUAACUACACAGUUAAUGGCACGAUGAACCUGGGAGUCAAUGACGCAGAAGAGGCUAGGUCAUGGGAGAGCACUGUGAUUUUUCUCUUGUCCUCAUUCAUGUACAUAGCCGUGGCCUUCACCUACUCCAAAGGUCCACCUUAUAGAAAGCCUAUUUACACCAAUGUUCUCUACCUGGCCACGCUGGUUGUGCUGUUUGCCCUGUCCACCUUCAUGCUGCUCAAACCUCUACAGCCUAUCACAGACUUCAUGGAUAUGAAGCCAAUAGAAAACACGCCCUACCACUUUAGGAUAACUCUGUAUGGUCUAGCAAUUGGCUUUAUGAUCUCAUCAUGUGUGGUGGAGUGGGUGAUAGUGGACAGCGGAUGGCUAAAGUGUCUGUACCGAGCAGUUGAUAGGCUGAUGAAGUCGCAGCCCAGCAAGUAUAAAACUGUUCAGUUGGAAAUCAAGGCUUUGGACUGGCCCUCUGUUGAUCAAGAUGUGGUGCACGGUAACGGUCUUACAGUAGCAGAGUCAGUGGUUGAUGUUGACUGAAUGUCAACUGAAUCAGUCAUCUAUGUUGACUGAAUGUCAGCUAAAUCAGUCAUCUAUGUUGACUGAAGUUAAAAAAUCUAAAUCAGUUGACAAUGUUGCCUGAGAGUCAAGCAACUGAAUCAGUAAAAUAUUUUUCCAGUAUUUUUAUUCUUCAACUUGCUUUAUAAAUAAGCUAAAUUUUCUCUUCUUUUUAAACUGUUAUAUAUUUUAAUAUGCAUUCUGUGGGAAUUAAUUAUGUUAAUACAACACAUAGUCUGUAACUCUUUAGUUUUUUUUAUUUUGAUAAACAUACUUUAAAAACUAGAGGUCCAUUUAUAGAGCUGAUCACUGGAACAUUUUCUCCACUGUGUCUAGCAGGUUUUGAGUUUCAUACACUUUUUCUACGGCUUUUUCUUUUGUUUAAUACUGACUUUUUUCCUUAAACAGUGCAUUCAUUUAGAAAUCUAUAACACUUUUUGAACAAAUUUUUUUUAAACCACACAGAUGUGUUGUGAUAUUGUUGUAAAAACAAACUAGACCAUCAGUUUUAUGAAUGCUGUUGAGGUUGAUUAAAAGCUGUCUAGAACGCUGGGGUCUGUGUAUGCUGUUGAGAUUGAUGUACAUGUGAUGUAUAUAGGUGUUGAUGUACUAUAUUUUUGCAUAAUGUCCAAUUAUUUUUUUUUUUUGGUUUUUAAUAUUGGCUUGAUAUUAUUAUUGAACUCUCAAUGAGGGUAUGUUUGUUUACAUUUGCCUCUAUAUUUUGUACAUAAAAACUGGUUGUCUGAGUUCUCUUCAGAAAUGUGCAGUUAUUGUUCCUUUAACUUCUAGCUACUCCAUCCAUGUUGUUCAUAAGCUUUACAUAAGUUAUUCUGCUCCCUGCUAUUCUUCAUUUUAUACCAAUUAAAGGUGAUGUAUGUUUAGUGUAGUUUUAAUCUUUUUAGCUUCAUAGAUUAGUAUUAGUUUAAAGCUUAGACUAGCAACUUUUGUUUGAAAUAACUUUACAGUCUUCCCUAACUCCUGUAGUAUUCAAAGAUUUGAAAAUGUUGAUUUUGGUGAUGGUCGCAAAUGUGGAUAUAAGUAUUUCUAUUUUAGUAUAGAACAUUUCUGUAUGUCAUUUAUUGUGUUAACACUUACCAAAGUUAAUUGGUAUAGUACAGAGGUUUUGCCUUGAAUGACUCAGUAUUUAUUUACAUAAUUAUUUUGGACAUAUAUAAAGUUAACUUAUAGUAGUACAAACCAAAAAAAAGUUGUGAUGUAAGUUUUCCCAAUAAUGUUGCAUAACAAAGAGGUCUGUAUUGUAAAUUGAUGGAUAGAUAUAAAAAUAAAUUUAAAACCCUCUUUUAAAUUACAGCCUAUUAUUUUGGCCUUAAGGGAAGUUGUAUCAAUAUAUGUGCAUAUAAUAGUUGAGUGGUUCACUGUAAAAUUUACCAGAUGCAAUUUGAACAUUGUCUUUACAAUGUUGGAUGCUGUAAAUAUUUGAUAAAAUUUUGGUCUGACAAAAGUUUGGUCUGAUAAAAUUUUGGUCUGAUAAAAUUUUGGUUUGAUAAAAUUUUGGUCUGAUAAAAUUUUGGUCUGAUGAUGUCUUUCUGAUGUGUAUAAAUUAUGUAAGCUUAAAGCUGCAGGGCCAGCCAGAUUUUUGUCUCUACUUUACCGCAAAAGUGCCUAUCAUUUAUUAACAGAAACAUUUUACAAAUUAUUUGUUUUUAGAGAAAGGUGGGAUUUUUACAACUAAAAUUUAAAACCGGUUGAUGAUUAAUCAUUCUUAUGUCUGUCCCUUUAUUCAUAAUAAAGUGUGAAUUAUUUUUAAAAUAUUUAAUUAAUAAAAAUUAGUUUAUUUUGUUAUUUUUAUGCUAUUAAUAAAUUUUAUAAAAUGUAAAGGCUCAAAUAAGAUGGUAAGGUGUAUUGUUUCGUUUAUUUUUUUCUGUAAAGCUUUUUUUUAAUUUGUAGAAGAUUUUUGUUUAUAAUCAUUUCAACUUUAAGGAUUAUUCUAGGAAAUGUAGUUUACGGAGUUGUUUUGAAUUACCAACCCAAAUGAUAUAUUAAAAAUGGCUGCACAAACCUUGCUAACUUUCAAUCUGUUCAAUUCUUUUUAAUCUUUCUACUGGUAAAACCAGCUAUUUUUUUAACCUCGUGUUCAGUCAAGUAUUGGGUUAACUAAAUAUUUCCUUUACUGUUCAAUUUUGAAUUCAGUAGAAUGCUGGUUGAAGAAAAGUAAAAGAACUAAAAACUAGUCAUUACUAGUCAUAAAAGUACCAGUUGUCUUCUACUGGCAUACACUGAUACGUAUGGUAAAUUUUGGAAUUCAAAUGUACUUAAACAAAUUAUCCUGAAACAAAUGGCAAUGCCCGAAACACUAUUUUACACAAACUGUGUUUGCCUCAGCAUUUCAUUGAUAUUUGCUUAAUUGCAAUAAUUGUUUUACUUUUGAAUAACUUCUUGCAUUUCUUUUGCGUAAAAAAUAUUUUUUUUUGGUUUAAACAAAGCAAUAAUUUCGACCAAUUACAUAUUCCUUUGAUUUUAUAACAUGCAGUACCAUUUUUGCCUAUAAUUUUCUUUGUUUAGCGGUGUAAUUAAAUCGCUUAGACUAACAAUUAUGUGCAACAUAUUGCAUAUUUUAAUACAAACUAAUACAUAAUCUCAUUAAGUUUAAAAUUUACAAUUUUUGAAUAUUUUUGUAUGUUGAAGUUUGAGCUGAGCCACAGGUUGUUUCCUAGGUUAGUCCCUUACAAGUGCUAAAUUUAGAAAUCCCUGUUUGAACUGUUGUUUCUAUGGUGGUUUGUUUUUGUGUAGCAAACUUGUAGCAGUACCACCAGUACUGUGAUAUUUCCUUUCUGGUUGUUGUCUCACAUUUGCUCAAUUUGAUCCUGUCCCAAGAAUUCCAAAUGGUCAAAUUUUUAAUGAAAACAUUUGUUUUGUAUAACCAUUUUUACAAGUUGAAAUGUAUUUAGUUUCCUGUUUGUAACUUUUACAUUUUGUACAGUGAAAGAGGAUUAAAUGAUUGAAAUUCUACCUUGAAAGGGUUAAAGCUCCAGCUUUAAAAGGUUAAAGCUCUAACCUUUACAACGUGGCUCUCAUUGCCUCAACAUAGGACUGAAUUUUUAUUUCACAUCCAGUGGUGUUAAAUAUUUUAUUACGGUUAUUUGUAUAAUUCAACUUCAUUAUGAAUUUUGUUAUAUUUUAAACUAACUUUUGUAAAUAAUUUAGUUAAAAGCUUUUGACUAGAUCCUUCCUUAACUAUGUUAAAUUUAAAAUAAUUAGACUGGAUCUUCCCUUGACCAUGUCAAAAAUAAUUAGACUGGAUCCUCCCUUGACCAUGUCAAAAAUAAUUAGACUGGAUCCUCCCUUGACCAUGUCAAAAAUAAUUAGACUGGAUCCUCACUUGACCAUGUCAAAAAUAAUUAGACUGGAUCUUCCCUUGACCAUGUCAAAAAUAAUUAGACUGGAUCCUCACUUGACCAUGUCAAGUUUGGAAUCCAUUAUUUUAGCUUUCAAAUUGUAAGCCUUUACUCCGCCAAAAACCUAGGCUGUGGCCAUCAACUUAGCUGUGAUUGUGGCAGUCGGUGCCAACUGGUAUUUUGUUGGCACUGAUUGUAGGAGUGCCGACAUGUGAUGUCAGUGAUUGUAGGAGUGCCGACAUGUGAUGUCAGUGAUUGUAGGAGUGCCAACAUGUGAUGUCAGUGAUUAACUAGUGUCAACUAGUUACAUGCUGUUGACAGUGACAUACUGUCAACUAUGAAACAAUUCAUGUUCCUUAAUUUCAAGUUUUUAAAAUGAUUUCAUCAAAUUGAUGAAACAUCACUGAUAUCAGCAAUACUUCAAAAUUAGGCAUAUACUCUGUGAAUUUUACUACUACAUGGGGUGAUUGAGGUGUUGGUUGACAUCAUGAUCAUUUGAAGAACUUGACCAGCAGUGAUACACUCAUAUAGCUUUCAAUUGUUCUAAGCUGAGGAUAUUGUUCUUAUGUCAAUGUGGUACAAAAUUUAUCUUUUAGAUAUUUCAAAGGGAGGGGAUUUGUAUGGGUUAGUGAAAAAAAGGUGAAUAAAAUUAUUCUGCUUUCCUUA